GCCGCGGGUCCGGCAGUCGUGCCUGAGCUGUCGCAUCCUUGCUGCCACCCGGGUCCUCGCUCGUCCUCGCUUCCGAAGCUCGCGCGCGCCCGACCGCUCGGCCUUCGCCCGGCGACCUGCAGCACCAUGUGCGGUAUAUUUGCUUAUUUAAAUUACCAUGUUCCCAGAACAAGACGAGAAAUCUUGGAGACCCUAAUCAAAGGCCUUCAAAGACUGGAGUACAGAGGAUAUGAUUCUGCUGGUGUGGGACUUGAUGGAGGCAACGACAAAGACUGGGAAGCCAAUGCCUGCAAAAUCCAGCUCAUUAAGAAGAAAGGGAAAGUUAAGGCACUGGAUGAAGAAGUUCACAAACAACAAGAUAUGGACUUGGAUAUAGAAUUUGAUGUACAUCUUGGAAUAGCCCAUACCCGUUGGGCAACACAUGGAGAACCUAAUCCUGUCAAUAGUCACCCCCAACGCUCUGAUAAAAAUAAUGAAUUUAUUGUUAUUCAUAAUGGAAUCAUCACCAACUACAAAGACUUGAAGAAGUUUUUGGAAAGCAAAGGCUAUGAUUUUGAAUCUGAAACAGACACAGAAACCAUUGCCAAGCUUGUCAAGUACAUGUAUGACAACUGGGAAAGUCAGGAUGUCAGUUUUACUACCUUGGUGGAAAGAGUUAUCCAACAAUUGGAAGGUGCUUUUGCACUUGUGUUUAAAAGUGUUCAUUUUCCUGGGCAAGCAGUUGGCACAAGACGAGGUAGCCCUCUUUUGAUUGGUGUGAGGAGUGAGCAUAAGCUUUCUACGGAUCACAUUCCGAUUCUGUAUAGAACAGGCAAAGACAAGAAAGGAAGCUGUGGCCUCUCCCGUGUGGACAGCACAACUUGCCUCUUCCCUGUUGAGGAAAAGGCAGUUGAAUAUUACUUUGCUUCUGAUGCAAGUGCUGUGAUAGAGCACACCAAUCGUGUCAUCUUUCUUGAAGAUGAUGAUGUUGCAGCAGUGGUGGAUGGCCGUCUCUCUAUCCACCGAAUUAAACGAACUGCAGGCGACCAUCCUGGCCGAGCUGUGCAGACCCUCCAGAUGGAACUCCAGCAGAUCAUGAAGGGCAACUUUAGUUCAUUUAUGCAGAAGGAAAUUUUUGAGCAGCCAGAGUCCGUUGUGAACACAAUGAGAGGAAGAGUCAAUUUUGAUGACUACACUGUGAAUUUGGGAGGUUUGAAAGACCACAUUAAGGAGAUCCAGAGGUGUCGGCGGUUGAUUCUUAUUGCUUGUGGCACAAGUUACCACGCUGGUAUGGCAACCCGGCAGGUCCUAGAGGAGCUGACAGAGCUGCCGGUGAUGGUGGAGCUUGCCAGCGACUUCUUGGAUAGAAACACUCCAGUCUUUCGAGAUGAUGUUUGCUUCUUUAUCAGUCAAUCAGGUGAGACAGCCGACACCCUGAUGGGCCUUCGUUACUGUAAGGAGAGAGGAGCCUUAACUGUGGGGAUCACGAAUACAGUCGGCAGUUCUAUAUCAAGGGAGACAGAUUGUGGGGUGCACAUUAAUGCUGGUCCUGAGAUUGGUGUGGCUAGUACAAAGGCGUACACCAGCCAGUUUGUGUCCCUUGUGAUGUUUGCUCUUAUGAUGUGCGAUGACAGGAUCUCCAUGCAAGAGAGACGCAAAGAGAUCAUGCUUGGACUGAAGCGGCUGCCAGAUUUGAUUAAGGAAGUGUUGAGCAUGGAUGAUGAAAUUCAGAAGCUGGCGACAGAACUUUACCACCAGAAGUCAGUCCUGAUAAUGGGACGAGGCUAUCAUUAUGCUACAUGUCUUGAAGGAGCCCUGAAAAUCAAGGAGAUUACUUACAUGCACUCUGAAGGCAUCCUUGCUGGUGAGCUAAAGCACGGCCCCCUGGCCUUGGUGGACAAGCUGAUGCCUGUCAUCAUGAUCAUCAUGCGAGACCACACUUACGCCAAGUGCCAGAACGCUCUACAGCAAGUGGUUGCCCGGCAGGGCCGCCCAGUCGUGAUCUGUGAUAAGGAGGACACUGAGACAAUUAAGAACACAAAAAGGACAAUCAAGGUGCCCCACUCCGUGGACUGCUUGCAGGGCAUUCUCAGUGUGAUCCCCUUACAGCUGCUGGCUUUCCAUCUGGCUGUGCUGAGAGGCUACGAUGUUGAUUUCCCACGGAAUCUUGCCAAAUCUGUAACAGUAGAGUAAAAGACACCUGAAACUUAAGACAGUUACACAACACACGACACCUUUUGUAUUUAAAUUUUUGAUUUAAAAUAUUGCCUCCUGAAAGCCUUUUUUAGUAAAUUCUUAUUUAUGUAUCAGUUAUAAUUAUCCACUCAGCUAAUGAUUUUUGUGCAAUUGCCUCAUUUUCAAUAAUACAUGGGGAAGUUUGAUUAAUAGAAUUUAAAUCUAAACCUAAAACCUGAGAGAUUUUUAGCUAUAGUUUGUUUAAAGAACUGGAUAAUGAAUUUCUGGUCCUCUACUUCAAUCAAGGAGGAUUGUUGAGUGUUUGAGAUGUUUGUAGUUUCCUUUAGUGUGACUUGAUUUAGUCAGAAUGAUGAAAAACUGGUGCAUUUUGUUGGAAUACUUAAAGUUAAAAGCCAGUUUGUGCUAGUGCCUGGACAUCACUGAGAACUUUGCUCCAUUAUUUGCAAAUAGAUGCUACAGUUUAUUUUGAAGCUUGUUUCUGUUUUGUUUUAAAAUUAAACUGUAUGCCUAAAAACCUUGGUGAGAUAUGUAUCUAAGUUUAGUUAAAUUAGUCCAGACAUGACAGUCAUCUCUGUAGAUAGAACAUGGGGAGCAGUAUGUUACAGUGCAUACUCUAUUCAAGAUUCUCCGCACUUGAAUAGAAGACCAUGCCGGCUUUUUUAGUACUGCAAAUCUGAACUGCUUUAGACACUGACGUGUGACUGGACAUUUGAAGAUAGGACACGGGGCAUCCGACUCCUUGCUUUUUCAUCUCCUAAGAGGAGUUUGCAUUUCCUUGCAACUGUAGGGCUUAAUUUAAAAAAAAAAAAAUACUGUUGAACGACAUACUUUGUUGUCUCCUUUGAGAUCACAGCGUAGAGUUACCAUCGAGUAUCUCAAAUUGUUAUUGGCACGCUCAGUUAUUUCUUCAGCUUUAUCCUUGGAAGAGUUUCCUGCAGAUAAGUUUAGCUCCCUUCUCUGCCUUGCUGAAGGAAGCAUCCCCUUGGUGCCAGUUUGGAAGUUCUUUUUACUUGCUUGGGAGAUUUGCACACUUUCCCCGGUCAUUUGACCUUCAGUGUAAUGUGUUAGGUUAGGCUUAGAACAUCACAUACUUUCCAGUGUGGGGUGACAUCAGAUUUAGGGUUCCUUUCCAGAUGUUUUCCUCUGUAUUGUCUUGACUCCCGUUUAAGGAUGUAAGUGAUACUGGCAUACCUUUAGCUGAUAGUGUCAGAAAUGGAAGUUGAUGAUUUGGAUAAAAUAUUUAAAAUAGAAUAUUAGUUUGACACCCCAAAAGUGUGCAGAGUAAUUUCUUCACAGAGUUCUUUGGGUCAGAUUGUACGGGCCAUAGAAAGGCGUGCUUAUGUUCAGGUUAGGUCCAUUUCUUUCAAAAGCUUUCACUUCUCCUUUAUAAAAGUGCAGCACUUAGAGCGUUUAGUGCUCACGCUUUGUGUUUGAACUUGAUGAUAAGCAGUUAAUGCUAUGACAUAAGUGAAGGCCUCUUGUGAAGGGGGUUGAAGAAAGAGUUUAUGUGAUUUUAGGCAUUUUGGAAGGCUUCACUCACAUUGAGGGAUCCUGGAAACCUGAUUUUUAAAAACAGGGCCAGAGUUUAUACCCCAUGUAGCUAUUUUAAUUCUGUUUCUCUGUUGUAAUUAAUUCCAAGAUUUCAUGUUAGUUUAGCAUGUGUUUAAUGUCAUUUCUUGUGUUUGCUGUAGUAGUGCUGCUGCUCAUGCUUGUAUGUGGUUUUGGUUUGGUUUUCGCAUUUCUUGUGUAGUUUUGGAAUACAGGGUGAUGUUGGUACAUUAAAACAUUGGGAAGUUGGGAAAUGAUCAGCACAGCAUUCUUAGGUCAUCCAUCACCUCAGUUACUAAUCCCGAGUCCUGUUGGAGCUGUUUCGAAUUAUACAGUUAGUUUGGCUAGCCCCCCUCUGUACACUGGAACGUCAGAACUUUCUUCUUCUGUCUGGCUCUGACUUUGAGUCCGUUCAUCAGUUUGCCUUCCAUACACACUCCAAGGUAGAAUAAAUCCUAAACCAAAUAGGCAAAAGCCCAAAUGAAGAUCAGAGUAGUAUUUUCUUAACAAGUAUUAUUCUCUUCCAUAUCCCAUUUUGCUUUCUGCACUAAAUUCUUUUGCUAAAUUAAUUCUUAACACCCAGAUAUUUUAGUGAGGCAAGCCACUAUGAGUGAGUAGGCCCAGCUAAAAUUGGUAUAAUCCAGGACAUGAAAAUCUAAUUUUUCAAAACAAAAGUACUCUGCAAAAGGGAAGCUUUCUAUUAAAGUUCUUUUCCCCGUGCUUUGGUUUUUCAGGACAGGGCUUCUCGAUGUGGCUCUGGCUUGUCUUGGAACUCAGUCUAUAGACCAGGCCAGCCUCAAACUCAUAGAGGUCCACCUACCUCUGCCUCUCGAGUGCUGGCAUCAAAGGCAUGUGCUACCACUGCCCAGCUAAAGUUCUUUCUUAUAGUAUGUUUAAAGUUUAAGUUCACAUAAACAUCCUUUUCUGGGAGCCCUUGCUAAGCAGGGAGGAGUGUAGGGCACCAGACACAUGGCCCAGUUAAUUGAUGUUACUUUGAAUUCAGCUUUAAAAAAGAACAAUCUAUGCCACAGGAGCAAAAAGGUAUAGGGUGUGUACUGCUCACUCAGCUUGUGACUGUUGUCAGCAGGUGUUCAUGAGCUCCUUCUGUGAGCAGGUCACUGUGCUGGGCAGCAGAGCCAAGCACUUUCCACUGUCCUGGUGGACCUGUUCCGUGUGAGUCGUGGGUGGGAGGGUGGAAAGGCAGAGCUGAGGAGCUAAAUGCUGUGGAUGGUUUUGUUUACUCUAACAGUAGUCCACAUUUCGGAACGUGUUCAUAAGCCUGUCCAUGAUACAUGGAUGUACAGUACUAUAAAGAACAGCAGUUAGUAAUAUGGCAAGCAGUUGUGUGUCCCUGCGUCUCAGAGGGUGUCACAGGGCGCUGUGCAGCUUCUCUGUGUAGUGGGUUAUUCUGAGGCCAUGCCAUCAUAUUCCUUUGACUCCAGGGCUCUUACUCAAGUAGUUCUGAAGAUGGGAGGAAAAAAGUCCGUUUUUCGUCCCUUGUAAUAUUCCUCUGUCAGUCAUUUUUGUCACUCUUUAGGGAAGGAAACUAGCUGAUCUUUAACAAACACACUUUCAGUCUUUGGGGGUUAGUCUUUUAUCUUUUUUUAUAAUUAGGAUAUUCUAGAGCAAUAAAAGAAACUAAGGUUACCUGUUUAUUAUAUACUGUAAUGGUACAAUUUUUCUAAAAAAAUAAAAAGCACAAUGUCAUUGGAAAGUAGGCAUUAAAAAAAGAAUUCAUAAUUCACAUUGAAUUGGGAAGGCCAAAGAAAUGGAAGGGAAUGGUUAAUGGUUUAUGACAUCCACAUGUUUACUGAGUUGUGUGUGCAACGGUACUAGUGUUUUAUGCUUAGAGAUGGAUUUCACAUGGCUUUGUUUAUUUUCAGAUUUAAGUCUUAACAUAAGUUGGUCUUUCUCACUUCUUAGUAAGUAUUUCAGUGUCUUCAUAGCUUGAUGAAUUUAAACAUAUCCUCAGAUCUGGGAUGGUGACAAAUAGUAAAACUGACAGCAUUGGCUUCAAAUAGUCGUGUCUGUAGCUAAGCAAGACUGUUGAGUUUUGCUAUGUUAAGUGUAUGUCCACACCAGCUUGAGAUUGAUGUUAUAAAGGCUGAUGAUGAUGUCUUAGGAAGCUCUCACAUUAUCCUGUUUUCUGUACUAGUUUCCAGAGUGGUAUAAAAAUGGUAUUGUUAACUUUUUGAAUGUUCUCUGGUUGAAUGUGUUUUCCCAUUAAUAAAGUUUUGGUAUUUGUUUAAAUUAUACUUCUGUGGGGCUGGGGUUAGAAUAAUCAUUGCUCUGUUUGAUUUUGUAUUCUUUUAAAUGAAUGUUUAGUUUUCUGAGCCAGAUGGUUAUUUCAUCCUUGUGUCCUGUUAAAUCCAGUGACUACGCCGGAACUGUGAAUAAAUUGCCCAAAACCUU